AAGAGAAAGGCCGGUGCGUGCCUAUGGACGUCGUCUGGUGAAUUGGAUGCAUCCGUUGCAGGAAGAGAGGCUCGUGGGCUCCGUGGCUCUGUGGGGCGGCGAGCCCGGGGGGCGCCUUUCCCUUCGCCGCCGCCGGGUGCAAGCUUGAGGCUCCCUCUGGAAAGCAAACUUGCUGGCCUUUUCAGGAGUCUGGAUGAACAGAUUACUCUUGGAGGCUCACCAUCCUUCCCACUGAGAGCAGCCUCAUUCAAUCUUUGGUUGUCCAGAACUGUUGAGCUCAGUCUGAUGCUCAGUAAGGAUGAUGGGAGUUGUAGGCCAUUCUGCCAUCUGGUUGGGGAAGUCCGAUUGAGAAGGGUCUGCAUCCUAGUUGGGUCUCCCUGCUUGAAGAAACACCUCCCCACCCCUUCCCCCUUUAUGAGGUUCUUUUGAAGAGAAGACCCACUGAAAUCUUUGGAAGACACCAAACGCCAUAGGAGCUGCCUGUGGUGUAUCUCAUUUUCAGAGCAAGGGACAAGACAUGGAAAAGGGCUUGGAGGGCUCAGGAAAAGUCCCACGGAUUGUCCAGGUGAUGUAUUUUAAGGGGCUGCCGAGGCAGCUGAACCAGCAGCCAGAUGUGGGGUUACCCCAGCAGUGGGAAGCCCAGUGGCAGGAAUUUUUAAACACACUCCAGCCAGCCCAUGUGGGCUGGGGAAACCUUCAGCUAACAGAUACGAUGCCCUGGGACGACACUCGGGCGUUUCUGGCGGCCUUCGAGCAAGUUGCUGAAGCUUGCCGGUGGCCACGAGAAGAAUGGGUGGGCCAGCUCCUGCCAGCAUUGCGGGGAGGAAUGGAGCAAUCCUUCUGCAGGCUGGAUGCCCGAGAGAGGGGAGACUACAUGAAGGUGAAGGCCGCCAUCCUGCGAGCAGACGCACUCCGCAUGGAAAUGAAACGACAGCACUUCCGGCAGUGCUGUUACCAGGAGCUGGAAGGUCCCCGGAGGGUGUAUAGCCAGCUCCAGGAACUUUGUCGCCAGUGGUUGAAACCUGAGAGGCACACCAAGGAGCAGAUCAUGGAAAUGAUCAUCCAAGAGCAGCUUCUGGGUAUGCUGCCGACUGAAGUGCAGAACUGGGUGCGGGAAUGUGGGCCAAAGGACUGUGUCGAAAUGGUAGCGUUGGCAGAGGAUUUCCUGAUGGGCCGUCGUCAUGCGCCCAGGACCUAUGACUGGCAGGUUCCUUUGCCAGAGGUCACAGUUAGUUCCCUGGAGUCUGAGGGGAGGCAAAGGCAGCACUAUCUCGGAGCCAGUGAAAUUACAUCUGCAAGGAACACGGGCUUUGCCCAUCCAUCAGCAGGACUGGAAAUGACUGGGGUUGGCACCACCGAGGAGCCUGUAGAUGUGAAGGAUGAGCUAAAUCUUGAUCAGAAGCCCAUACACUGGGAAGUCAUGCAAGAGAAUGGCGGCAGCACCAAUGCUUUGGAAGGACUCUUGAUUCCUACGCCUGAAGUCAUUUCUCAAACUGAUCAACCAGAAGCCACCUUCCAGGAAAGACCUGAACACAGAGACCGAAUCUCUGACACUCUGUUUGGUGGAAGAAUCAUAGGAGAGAUCAAAAUUGAGACUUUUCAGCAAACCGUUUCAGAGGCAGAAGAUGGAUUUGAAGCCCUGACAGAAGAAUCCCCAGACACCAUUUCCUUGAAUCUUGAGGCUUCUCCCCUUGAUCCUGAGAAACAGCUGUGUCCAAGGCAACAGGAAGGGGAGCCGAGGAAAAAAUACACUCGACGUCGGAGAAGAGCCUUUAAGAAAAAAGGCAAAUAUUACCCACCGGAGAAAAAGCACACUUGCUCUGAGUGUGGGCACAAAAGUUAUUAUUACUCAGAUUUGCUAAGACACAUGAAGUGCCAUGCAGCAAAAGAGUUGUAUAAGUGCCUUGAUUGUGGGAAAACAUACCGAGGCAGGACAUAUUUUGAGAAUCACCUGAAGAUCCACCUGCCACUGGAUGAUUCCACCAGACGCACAAAAAGGGUUGAGACAAGAAACUCCAGCUGCCAUAUGAGAGAGGAAUAUGUGUGCUUUGAGUGUGGAGUCAUAAAAAGCACACAGUCAGGCCUCACCGAACAUAUGAAAGUCCACACAGAUGAGAAACCUUAUGAAUGCCCUGAGUGUGGCAAAACUUUCAAGUGGCGAUCGAACCUGUCUAGGCAUCGGGGUCUCCACACGUACAGGAGAUUUUCCUCGCGACAGUUAAUGCUCAGAGGUGCCAGUGAAUCAAAUAAGGGCAAAAGUAAUUCUACGCAGGAGCAAAAGUCCCAGCUGGAAUUGCCAGGAGAGUCUUCCACUGUUUUGCUGAGUGCUGAGAUCAACGAAUCUAACCCUGUUUCAAGGCUGCGUCCAAGGAAAUCUCAAGAGCUGGAGCUCUCUCAUCUGUAUGGGGUGAAAACCUUAAAGGUGACGCUGAAGAAACUUCCAAGCCCUCAGAAAGGGAAAUACAAGUGCCCUGAUUGUGAUCAUAGAGCUGAAAAGCUUUCAGAAGUCAUUAAACACAUGAGAGUCCAUACAGGAGAAAAACCCUACGAUUGUCCUGAAUGUGGAAAAGCCUUCAGGUGGUCAUCUAAUCUUUAUCAACAUCGGAAAGGCAAUGCAUGUCCUAAAAAGAUGCCCGUUUCUGAUACCUUUCUUGCAGAAGAGAAGAAAACCUGCAGAGGUGAAGAGACGUCAAGAAAUAUGGCUCCUCUGCAGGAAAAGAUCAAAUUGGAAGACGAGGUUGGAGUACGUCAAGUUUGCCACGAUCAGCCUUCUUCGAGAGGCUGUCAGGACAAAGAGGCUCAUCUUCUGGGGAAGGCCAACGAGGCCUCAGAACUUCAAAAGAUGAAAAAGCAUUCCUGUACAAAAUGCGGAUACCAAGCCGAAAGAUUAUCAGACAUUGUUAAACACUUCAGAAUCCACACUGGAGAAAAACCUUACAAAUGUUUGGACUGUGGGAAGUCCUUUGGAUGGUCCUCAACCCUCACCAAACAUCAGCAGAUCCAUCUAUCCAGUCAGCAAACGCCUGUGCCCAACGCUGUUAUUGCAGAAUGUGAUGUUACGCUUAGUGAUGAUGAGGAGUUGAUUAACUUCUUACCAAAAAUUCCUCAGCGGGAAGAAGUGGGAUUGGAAGAUCUUCUAGAGAGAUCAUCUGAAGAUGGCCCAGCUGCUGCUUCUCCGAGUUCUGAGUCUUCCAAGAUGGAGUCUUCAGCUAAGUUACGUUCCAGGGAAUGGAGCGGAAAAGGAAAAUCUGCUCAGCAUAAGAGAAAUAAUGUGGUGAUGAAAAAAAGCAGAUACGAAGAUCGUGAGAGGAAGCACGAGUGCCUCGAUUGUGGGCAUCGCACCUAUUAUCUGUCUGAUCUCGUGCGGCACAAGAGAAUUCACCCAAAUGAAAAGCCCUACAAAUGCCCCGAUUGCGAGAAAAUCUUCAUCCAACCCUCCUCCCUCAAAAUUCAUCAAAAAACACACAAGAGGGGGAAAAAAUCUGUGAAAAGGAUAAAAGCGCCCCAAGGAGAGAGAAAAUACACGUGCUCGAAAUGUGGACAUAAAACUUAUAAAUUAUCAACUCAUCUUUUACAUUUGAGAGUCCACGUGGGAGAAAAAUCUUACGUAUGUGAUGAAUGUGGCAGAGAUUUCAAGUGGAGCUCGAAUCUUUCGAGACACAAACGAAUCCACAGGUUCAAUGAAGGCUUUGAAAACAGAAAACCCCCUUUCUCUAAACGUAAGGAUGCAAACAGAGCAGGUUCUGUGAAGCCAAAGAAAAGCGCACAAGCUCAGCCGAAGAAAACAGGAGGUCGAUCGCUGGGGUCCACCCCUGAGAACGCAUCCGUAACGGCGGCGUUGCGUGAGCAAUGGCGCAAUUACAAGCGUCAACAGAGGAAAAAGGCAGCCGAGAAACACCACAAAAUGGAAGAGAGCGCAAAGGAGAACAUCGGAGAGAAGGAAGCGAAGGGGAAAAACGCUCCUGCCGAAGUGUCACUCCGCGCGCGGCUGGAAAAGUUUGCAUAUUCCAAAAGCGGAGAAAAAGAGCACGCCCAGGUGGAGCGAGCGCCGGAUCAGAAAGUCCCGGCAGAGGAGCUGCGUCUUGAAUGUACUAUGUGUGGGAAGUACUUCACGUAUGAUUGUCACCUUGCCGAUCACCAGAACAUGCACACAGAAGCAAAACCUCACAGAUGCAGUGAAUGUGGGAAGCGCUUUCCUUAAGAAGAGUAAGUUGGCCAGGCACCAGGUCAUCCACACUGGGGUGAAACCGUUUCAUUGUGAUAGCCUGAUGACCCAUUUGAAAAUUCAUGGUUUCCAGCCUGUGUUUGAAUGUGCUGAGGGUGCUAAAGUUUUCACUAGAAAGAUAUGUUGGUGGGGCAUCAGAGAAGUCGCAUAUGGCAGCGUUCUUAGAAGUAAGCCAAGUUGGAGAGAUCAGUGAAGAUCAGUGACUGGGACAUCCAUACACCUAUGCAGGAGAUUCAUCAUCUGAGCAAGCAGAGACGGGGUGGGCAGGUGGGUGCACCUGAUUUUGCUUCUUUCUUCCCUUCUGUCUCUCUCAUUCUCUGUUCCCAGUUUGAGGUCGCACCUGCUUGCACAGUGUACUUCGCUUGUGAAAGAAGACAGCCAGCAUUUCAAGAUCAUGUUGGACCUCUCUUCUGAUGAACUUCUUCCUUCAGGCAGCUGAGAAGGCCAACUUGUGAAUCUGCCUGCGAACACGGUUUGAUCUGCAGUGAUGAGCAAUUGAAAAUGUCUACCUCUGCCUAACGAGAAGUUGCAGCUGCUUGACUUCUGCAGAUCAAACGCACAGCGACAGGUUGCCUGUCUUUUUCCUGGCGAGCUGGUGACUCUACCGACUUCUUACGAUCCUCUUUCCCUUUCAGUCUUGGGUGUUGACGUUCUUUUGAGCAAUUGGAAUGUUCAGAAACAUUCUCUGAUUCCUGGAGACAUUCCAGUGUAGGAAGGGGUCAGUCAGUUUCCCUGCAGAUUGCCAAUAGUAUAAAGGUAUUUCAAAUAUUGCA